CCCAAGAGGAGAAACCUCGCUCAUGUCAUUCCUUCAUCAUUCCCCCUUCACCAUUCUUCUUUUCUUCCAAACCCCUCUUCAAUGGCGGAAGUUUUCUCAAUAUAUAGCCAAUGGGAUUCCAAGGUCACUGGUUCUUGAGCCAUUCCACUUACAAUCUGCUGCUCAAACUCAUCAGAACCCUCAUCCUUACAAAUCCCAUUUCGGGAAGAACGAGAUAUUGAGAAAAAGGGUUUUCUAAAGUGGGGUUGUUCUUGAUUUUUGAUGUUUGAUUGGUUAUUGAAGAAUGAGAAACUUCCAUAACCUGGAGCUCGUUACCAUGAGCUUAUGCAAUGCUUUUCUUCUGCCAUUAGUUCAAGGCUCAGCUCAUGAAGGGUUGAAGAAAGCUAGGAGUCAGAGGAGUAUAGAAGACGGCCAUGAAAAGCUAAGCCAUGAAAAGAGAUCUGAUAUUCAACUCCAUGGAUUGCUCCUCUGGAUUUCAAUGGGGUUCUUAAUGCCUGUUGGUAUACUUACAAUUAGAAUGUCUGGUCGGCUAGCUCGUGGGUCGACUCAAUUAAAGGUCUUCUUCUACCUCCAUGUCAUUUUGCAGACACUAUCCCUUCUCCUGGCCUCAGCUGGAGCUGUAAUGUCCCUCAGAAAAUUUGAGAACUUAUUUAAUAACAGCCAUCAAAGAAUAGGCUUAGCCCUUUACGUAGCCAUAUGGGCACAGGCAGUGAUAGGCACUUUCAGGCCUCAAAGGGGAAAGAAAGAAAGAAGUGUGUGGUUUCUUAUGCAUUGGAUUCUUGGAACAAUAGUUUCUCUAGUGGGAAUUAUCAAUAUCUACACUGGGUUGAAUGCGUACCAUAAGAAAACUAAAAGAAGCAUUGGAUUAUGGACUGUUCUCUUCACUGCAGAGAUCUGUUUCAUUGGUUUCUUUUAUUUGUUUCAAGAUAAAUGGGAGUUUUUGCAGAAGCAAGGGGUUAUUUUAGAGGAUUCUGAAGGAGUUUCAGCUCCUGAUGAACAACAUGUAGAAGCUCAAAGGCAAAACCCCAAGGAUUUGUUGCCUGAUCCUUGUAACAAACAAAAUGCACUCAGAAACUUGUUUGAUUAAAAUGACUAGCUUCUAUGUUUACAUGUUCAUC